AAGCCGAGUAAUUUUCUCGUCCACAGCGGCGGUGUUUCCGAGGAAAGUGAUAGUGCUGUGAAUUGUUGGGCAAACCACCGCGGACGUGCGACAGGAACGGAGGCAAUUUUCACAUUUUUUCCAUACAAAUGCCCACGUCGCUCUUCAGGUGUAUGGACUCGAACGGCAUGAAUGAGUCGAUCUCGUUAUCAUUCAGGACCAUAUAUUGAGACAACCGACAGGAAGAAAGGACGGGCAGUUUCAGACUGUCUGGACCCGGAGGACGACGCGGCGGCUAGCUAACAGUAACUCACAGCCGGGCUCCCAGCACGGACAUAGCGACUCACUUCCAGCCGCAUCGCAAACAAAACAGGACGCGGAGCGGAGGAUAAUCUGGCCGAAGAUAGCCUCGCCAAUCCGCUGGUGCCCAGAAGACGAUAAAACAGUCGGCUCGGUGCGGAGAUAACACCUGGCUGCGGCGACACUGGUCAACACAGUCACCUCCAAACAGCAGCAGCACAAAGAAGCGUCCGCCCGUCCGUCUUCCAGGUUUCGAGGAUGAACCACCUGUCCAUCAGCGAGAUAUGUUGCCUGUUCUGCUGCCCGCCGUGCCCGAGCAAGAUCGCCUCCAAGCUGGCCUUCCUGCCGCCGGAGCCCACCUACAGCCUCAUGUGCGACGACAGCGGCAGCCGGUGGACGCUGCACCUCAGCGAGCGCGCCGACUGGCAGUACUCGGCCCGCGAGAAGGACGCCAUCGAGUGCUUCAUGACGCGCACCUCCCGGGGCAACCGCAUCGCCUGCAUGUUCGUCCGCUGCUCGCCCAACGCGCGCUACACCCUGUUGUUCUCCCACGGAAACGCGGUGGACCUGGGCCAGAUGAGCAGCUUCUACAUCGGGCUCGGCUCGCGCAUCAACUGCAACGUGUUCUCCUACGACUACUCGGGUUACGGGGCCAGUUCUGGGAAGCCCUCGGAGAAGAACCUGUAUGCGGACGUCGACGCGGCCUGGCAAGCGCUCCGCUCAAGGUAUGGCAUCCGGCCAGAAAACGUGAUCGUGUACGGCCAGAGCAUCGGCACCGUGCCCUCCGUGGACCUGGCGUCCCGCUACGAGAGCGCCGCCGUCAUCCUCCACUCCCCGCUCACCUCUGGCAUGAGGGUGGCCUUCCCCGACACCAAGAAGACCUACUGCUUUGACGCCUUCCCAAACAUUGACAAGAUCUCCAAGGUCACGUCCCCGGUACUUGUGAUCCACGGGACGGAGGACGAGGUCAUCGACUUCUCUCACGGCCUGGCGCUGUACGAGCGCUGUCAGCGCCCCGUGGAGCCGCUGUGGGUGGAGGGCGCUGGGCACAACGACGUGGAGCUCUACGGACAGUACUUGGAGAGACUCAAGCAAUUUGUUGCACACGAGCUGGUCAACUUGUAGAGAGGCUGGAGAUCAGGGUGGAGAGGACACUGGUGAUGGAGGAGAGGAUGGAGGAUGGCACAACUCUCUUUAUUUUUGUUUUGGUGAAGCGAUGCAGGUAGACGUGUUUGUCUGUGUAGUACUGACUUAGUGAGUGACUCCUUGUUAGGAAGCGCCUCUCGCCCCUUGAAACUCCAGCGUCCGCAGGCUCAGGGCCUGUCCAUACUGUACCGUCCAUACGCGCUGCAGCUGUGAACUUACUACCCAUCAUUUGACUAUUCUUUUUAGAUGGUUGUGUUUUUUAUCAUGUUGAAGAUUGCACAUCGUCACAGUGCAUGUAUGAAAGAGGAAGUAGACAUGUGCUCGGACACCACUGUACCAUUUUGUACGUGCAAUAUAUGAGAGCGUGAGUGUGUUUGCCACAUCUUUGCUGCCUUUUGAGAAGGACGUGGUCCAUGAUUACUAAUGAAGACCUCUCAUUAACUCUUAAAGCUGUUUCUGGGAAACAGUCUUUCUACAAACUGGACUAAAACAGACGUGGACCAGACUCUAAGCCAAGGUCCAUGUGGCCAGGUUUGGUCCCACACACCAUUAAUUACUCUUUACUUUUUUCUUUUAUUUUAUUUUUUGGAUUACUUUGUUUUAUUUUUAUAUUAUACAUGAUAUUUGCACGUAUCAGCUGUCACUGAAGAACUGUACAAGACAAACUGACAUAUUGUCUAGCUGUGCCAGUGUUGCCAAAUGUUUAGUAUAAUAUAUUACAGAUGACCUAAUGGAAAGAAGUGUACUUUGUAGAAACGCCUCCAGAGCUCCGGUCGCUCUAUUCAGUGUCUGCUUCUCUGUUUAAAUGGUACCGUUCACUCAUGUAGCUGGUUAAACGGCUGUAAGAGACUGUAUAUUGUCGACCAGUGAAUUAUUUCCUCACUGUCUUUUGAAGAUGUUUCCAAAGUUCCUACUUCUGAGUUUGCCUUGGAGUAUAGAUGCUGUUUCACUACAGUCUAGUAGAUGAGCGUUACAUUUAAGUGCUGAAUGGUUGAACGGACGACUUACAUGACUAUUACACAACCUGGUGUUGACGGCGGUGUCUACCUAAAGAUAUCAAGUUAAAUAAAGUAUGUUGAUAAAAUUACAAAUCCAGUGUGUUUACCUGGAUGAGAUCUUUCUAGCAGAUUUUGUUUUUUUAUAUGCUGAUAAUGGAACUACUGUGACAGCAGCUGCAGUCUGUGUUGCGGUCAAGACAUAUACCACUAUUGCCAACAGGGACUGAAAUCAAAUAUUGUCAAAUCUGGUGUUGGUUCAUUUUCAGUUCAGGAAGCUGUUGAAAAUGCUGGACCUUUUUAUUCCUGAGAAGCAUCUACUUGUGUGCAUUUGAGCUGAAAAUGAAUGAGCGCUAACUUGCUUAGUCCCUGGAGUGGCUCAGCAUUCAAGGCCUGGACGGACAGAUUGUUCUGUUUUAAGUUCUUUGCAUGGUAUUUCUGGGUCUCCUGUUGAUCUGCCCUUUAAUGCUGAGGGAGGUAAAACCUGCAUUAGCCAGCUGAUGACUCCACUGUGAGUGCCCUGAAAAGCAUAUGGCAAAGUGCUACUGCAUGCUGCACUAAGGUUUUUGUUUUUUAAUCUGUACACAAACGCAUAAAAAUAAUUUUCUAAUGGGUAUUUUUAGUACCUGUUUCACUAGAGCCUGGGGUUAAGGGUUCAAAUACGUAACAAUAACCGAAAAGCCAAUGGGUGCUACUGUAAAACCUUGUGUUGAAUGGAUGAAAAUAAGCUUAAUGUGCUCUGGUGUUAUGGAAGCUAACUUUUCCACAACUAUGGUCUUAUAAACUAGGUAAUAACUUCUUUAGGUUUCUCAAUGUAAAUAAUAUUUGUACUGGACAUUUUCUUCCACAUGCUUUUGUCAUCUCUUAGUUACUACCCUAACUCUAGACCACAGUGGGCCAUUAUAUUGGCUUUUCAUGAGGCCAUUGUACUGGCCACCUUAACUAAUGUUGUCCUGGAUUUGAUUAGAUUAAUUUUGUAAAGCAUAUUUCAGUACAGAAGGAACUUGUAUGUAAUAACAAUAUUAUUAUAGUACUCCUAACAUGGAUUGAGUAAAUAAAAUGGUAUUUGAGAAGCA